AUAGCAAAUAAAUAUGUAAAUAAAGUAGGUGCGAUAAAGUCUCUUUAAAUAGAAAUAAUCAAUUUUUCUUUUAUAACAGCUUAUAGCUGUCAAAGUCCAGUGUAAGAGUAUGGCUUUACUUCGAGAUUGGUCUAUUCGUUGCAUUCCCGGCGACGUUUUAAAUGACGAUGAAAGGAAAACUCUAAGUGCAAUCUACAUAACAACAUCAACUUUUGGUUUGGCUGGUGCUGCAGUACAACUUCGACAUUUAUGGAAAUAUCGUAACGCAGUGAGACGAAGUCCGUCAGCUCAUCACAAUAUUAUCUUUUUUUUGGCAUUGUCUGAUUUAAUAACAUGUUUAGGAAUGAUAGCACUUGCAGUUAUGUUGUUGAUUAUACAAAAGCCAAUCAAAGUUAAUGAUAACACAUACAAACCGAAAAAAUUUAUUUCACUGGAUGCAAUAUGCACAGUUAUGGAGAUUGUAACAUUAAUGGCGGUUAUUGCAAGUGCUAUAUGGACUUUGAAUUUUGCAAUAGACGUGUGUUUGCAGAUUUACAAAAUCCAUUGCCCUAUGGUGGUAUACCAUAUUCUGGCUUGGUUAAUACCAAUGAACUUUGUUGGUGUCAUUGAAUCAAUCAGUUGGGGUUAUUGGCCUGUUAUCUGCGAUGAACCUCAUGGCAUUGAAUCCAGACUAAUCGUGUCAUAUAUACCUGUAUUAAUUGUCUUCGUGGUCAAUCCAUUGUUGUUUGUUGCUACGUACAAAAAAGUUAGACGUCGACUUAAAGGUACUGGCAUAUUCUCAUAUGACGAAAGAUUAGCUUUGAAGAUCGUCGCUAGAAGAUAUCUUGUAAUUAUGGGAACAUAUGCUUUAUGCUGGUUUCCAAAUGUCAUUUCCAUUUUGUAUUACUGGACAAUGCAUCACGGUGAAAUGAGAUCAUCUUUUCUUAUAUUUUGGUAUGUUGAGGCUGUUUUAAAUCCUCUACAUGGACUUUUUAACUGCUUUGUUUAUCGUAACACGUUCAAAGUUAUACCACGUGACAUCAUGAAAGAACCUAAAUUUAUACAAGCACCUUUAAAUUUCAAUGAAAUUAUUUCGCCUUUUCAACAUCUAUGUAGCAAGAACCUCGUGCAAAAUAAAAGGAGAAGUUAUAAUUCUUUUCAGAAAUCUCCUAGUUCAUUGAAAAAUCCUCAAGCAUUUAAUUACAAAUCAAGAUUGUUUGGUGAGUGCUGUCAUUCCUAAGUAACUAGAAAUAAAAGUUAAACUGCAACAGCAAAUGGUACAAAUAUCAAGAUAACAUGAAGUAUCAUAUCUCUGGACGUGCACGGUGAAACAUAUUAAUGAAAUAAAAGUUAAACUGCAACAGCAAACGGUACAAAUAUCAAUAUAACAUGAAGUAACGUAUUUCUGGACGUGCACGAUGAAAAAUAUUAAUGUGAUAUUACAGUGACUGUUCUUGAUUAAUUUCAUUUCUUUUGUAAAAUAAUUUUCGUCUACCUUUAAUGCUGUCAUUACUUACCAAGUGUUCAAUAAAAUGGGCUCUCAAGA